AGAGAGUUUCGGGUCUCUUGAUUCUUGAUAGAUAAGAUCUAGUCUAGAUUUAGAUAUAGAUUAUUAUAGAUCUAGACUCUAGUGACCUAGUCUAGAUGAUAGAAUCAUAGAUCUAUAUUAGUAUAUAUAGAUCUAGGACUACACUAUUGGACUAAACAUUCUAGAUCAGAUAGACUCUAGAUUCUAGAUAAGACUAAGAUAAGAAUUAAGAUAGAGUAACCAGUACUUAGAUCUAAAUAGAUAUAUAGAAUAGAUUAUAGAUCUAUCUAUAUGACUAUAUUAAUAUAUAAUUAUAUAUAGAAUAAUAAAAUAGAUAUACUCUACAUCUACUAGAGUAGAUCUAGUCUAGUCCUAGUAUCUACUUAUUCUACUAAUCAAGACCUAAUUUUAAUUAGUAAGUCCUAAGGACCUAAGUCUGACUUUCAUUUGUCAAAACUUUUUGUCAUGCCAUUUACCAAUACAGUAACUUAUUUUAUCUGUAAAUGUGCUAAUCUUGAGAGCCUACAACAUUGCAUUCAGACAGGAGUAUGGGCCUGCCAAGAUCGUUCUAAUCCACCUCACCCUAAGGAUCUCCUUGUUAGUGCAUAUUCACAAGGCUCUGUUGUCUUCAUAUACAGUGUUAACAAUCAGAGAGGUUGGCAUGGGUAUGCCCAAAGUGUAAGGGAUUCUUUGCCAGAAUCAACAAAUAACUAUUCACAAUGUGAUCAUUCAUGUGAUUCCAAAUUUUGUGGUAAAAAUUUCAAACAAAAAGUUCAGGGUGACAGUGAAAGCAGUGAAGAUGGCUCCAGCACAAAGACUUGGUAUUUUUUCAAAAUAGUUUGGAUGAAAAACUUUUUAGAUUUCAAUAAGCAAGAGUGUUUACCUUUUGAAAAUACCACCGAGUUAUUGUUGCCUGAUGGUACACCACUAAACAAGGCUCGUAACUGGCAACAAGUAUCACAAGAAGUAGGCAGACGUGUGUGCUGUUUGAUUGAUGAACAUCAUCAGAAAUUAUGUCUUGAGAAACAGAUGAAAAGAAUGACAAAGUCUUCCCUUUAUGAAGAAAGCUUUUUGAAACAAGAAGAAGCUUCAAUUACAACAGAAACUGAUGGGUGGGUGACUGCUGUUGAAAAAGUAAAACGAGAACUAGGCAAAGUUCACUUGGUUUGUCCUUUUGGUAGUCAAAGAUACAACUGCAGUGUUGCUCAGAGUGACCAAGACAUUUUUAUUGUCUAUCAAGCUAAAACAACCCAGAUGCUAAGUUUGGAUCCUCCUAGACAAACUAUCAAAAAUAGUGAAAAAUUGUUUGUGGACUACACUGUGCUAGAGCUGCAACGUUAUUGUGAACUGUUAUUGAUGGGAGAUCAGAGAUGUGUGGAAACUUUAUUUCUGAGUGAUACUAAAGCCCUGUAUCUGGCAAGCCCUGAGUGGAAAGAACUUUGUAGGGUUCGUGAUAAAUUACUGACAAAGUCAUGUUUUGAGAAAUACUUAAAAGAGGCUCAGGGAACCAAUGGAUUGAAGCAGUUAGAAAAAUGGAAAGUUAGCAAUUCUGAAGUUGAAGACCUUCCACCUCAAUUAAACAAACUGGCUUACAUUUGCUUGAGGCUUCUUCAAAAUGCUAGAUACAACUGCAGUGUUGCUCAGAGUGACCAAGACAUUUUUAUUGUCUAUCAAGCUAAAACAACCCAGAUGCUAAGUUUGGAUCCUCCUAGACAAACUAUCAAAAAUAGUGAAAAAUUGUUUGUGGACUACACUGUGCUAGAGCUGCAACGUUAUUGUGAACUGUUAUUGAUGGGAGAUCAGAGAUGUGUGGAAACUUUAUUUCUGAGUGAUACUAAAGCCCUGUAUCUGGCAAGCCCUGAGUGGAAAGAACUUUGUAGGGUUCGUGAUAAAUUACUGACAAAGUCAUGUUUUGAGAAAUACUUAAAAGAGGCUCAGGGAACCAAUGGAUUGAAGCAGUUAGAAAAAUGGAAAGUUAGCAAUUCUGAAGUUGAAGACCUUCCACCUCAAUUAAACAAACUGGCUUACAUUUGCUUGAGGCUUCUUCAAAAUGCUAGAGAAUUAGUGUCAAUGAGAACACUUCAAGUCUACAGAAGUGAAGACAGUUUAGAAAGAACAGAGCUGCUUGAUGUCAGAUUAGGAAAAUACAAGUACUCAAAAGUGAUGCUACUCUUUCAAAGAUAUUUGUCAGAGAUUGAUAGUCUCAAAGACAGCAUUGAAAAUGACAAAAUAUAUGAAGCCAAACCAAUGAUAGACAAGUGGUUGAUAAGUUGUCGACUACAAGACCUGCAGGAGAAUCCAUUUGCAGCAUCUUUGGUCCUGUUAAAGUAACUUCAAUUUAUGUAGACUUUUAUGUAAAGUGAUUGUACAAAUAUCUAACUUCUGUUGAUUCUAGCAAUCAAACAUUAUUAAUUUAAUGUGGACUGAGAAACUGUGAUAUUUUUUUGUACAGUGUAAUGAUUGUUUAUUCAAUUUGUAUUAAAGUUCAAAUUUUA